AGGUGAGGCUUAUAGAUCCAACUUCGCACCGACCCCCAACGAAAUUUGCAUGGCCUGGGGUUUCGAUGGUUGUCUUCCACCUUCCGUAUGCUUUGUAGUGCUUCUUCAAGCAUCAUAAAUUGUUCAAAGCGCUCGCGUUGCAUCUCUCCUCUCCCCUCAGAAAACUCGAUACCAGUUGCACAAGUUGAAUCUUGACUAGAAUACCCUCAUAUAUAUUGUCAAUUUUCACUUCACACAUCAUGCCUUUUUCCAUCGACUUGAAGGACCAAUGUAUUAUAGUUACCGGAGGAAAUCGUGGCAUUGGUCUCGCACUGUCCCAAGCGUGUGCUGAUUCCGGUGCUGCAGUCGGUAUUGUCUAUAACAGUGCCCAAGAUGCCCCAGAUCGCGCGGCCGAAAUUGCGAAGAGGUACGGUGUGAAGUGCAAGGCUUACCAAUGUGAUGUAGGAGACCAGGACAAAGUCAAGCAAGUCUUCCGAGAGAUUAACUCGGAGCUUGGUCCGGUGACUGGUUUGAUCGCCAAUGCCGGAGUUUCAGUGGUAAAAGAUGCCUUGCAAUACAACAAGGAGGACUUUUCCAAGAUCUUCAAUGUGAAUGUCUUUGGGGUCUUUAAUAGUGCACAAGCGAUUGCUCAGAUUUGGAUCGAAAACGGGUUUAAGAAAGGCAGCAUCGUUAUCACUUCUUCAAUGAGUUCCCAAAUUUGCAAUCGUCCCUUGACCCAAUGCUUCUAUAACUCUUCCAAGGCUGCCGUAUCCAAUCUCGGCAAAUGCCUUGCUGCCGAAUGGGCUGAUAAGUCCAUUCGUGUUAACAUGCUCUCUCCUGGUUAUGUCAAGACCGAUCAAACGUCGCACAUGGACCUUAGCUUGAGAGAUUUCCAAGCUGAUGGUGUACCGCUCAAACGUUUUGCUGAGCCCGAAGAAAUGGCGGGGCAAGCGAUUCUCUUGCUGAGCGCCAAAGCCUCUUACAUGACCGGAGGAGAGUACUUUGUCGAUGGCGGUAACUUGGUUUGGUAGAUCAAAAAGGUCAACCAAUUUCGAAGAUGCCCGGCUGUAUCCCAGUUGAUAAGCAACUCCGUUGAGUUACUGCUAGGAAAAAGGUUUUCCGACACAUAUUUUGCACAUGUAUUUGAAAUUUUAUUUAGCUUAGCGCAGACACGCAUGAUGAGUAAGAUAUAGUGACUUGGUGCGGUCAA